CUCUGUGUAUAAUCUUUUCACAUAUCUUUGCAUAUGAUUAUCCAUUUGUUUCCUCUAAAUGACAUAUAAUUUUGGAAAAAUUACUGUUAUUUAAUUUAAUUACCAACCAACUAUUGAUUCAGUAGCUUCGAAAUAACAUAUUCCCGAAAAAUCCUUGAAUAUCCAUAAAAGCCUCUAUUGGAUAAUCUACUAUGCCAACUACUCAUCAUUUGCCCGAAAUGAAAGAAUUUUGGAUCAAAUUUGAACUACCGUUCCUCAUAUUGAGUAUCUUAUGUGGAAAACAAUCAAUUGCUCUCGAAAUUCCAAAUUUUAUCCUCAAUAAUGGUAGAAGAAUACCAUCUAUUGGAUUUGGAACUUGGAUGGCAAAAGAUCAAGAUUUGGAAAUAGCUCUUGAUGAGGCCCUAGAGGCCGGUUAUAGAUAUAUUGAUACAGCCUAUCUCUACGAAAACGAGAAAGUAAUUGGAAAAGUUUUAAAACGUUGGAUUGCAGAGAAAAAACUGAAAAGGGAGGAUCUUUUUAUAUUAUCCAAGCUGCCACCUAGCGGUAAUCGACCAGAAGGAGUUUCGAAAUAUUUGAAAAAAUCAUUGGAAAACCUCCAACUUGACUACCUCGACAUGUACCUGAUUCAUGUUCCAUUUGCUUUCAAGGAAGAUGGCAAUAAUUUGUACCCUUUAGCACCUGACAAUCGCAGUAUAGAUAUGGAUUCUACUACGGAUUUAAGGGCUAUUUGGCAGGAAAUGGAACAACAAGUUAAUGCUGGUUUGACUAAAUCCAUCGGAUUAUCGAAUUUUAACGUAACACAAAUAGAAAGGGUUUUGAAGAACAGCUGGAUUAAACCUAGUGCACUUCAAAUCGAACUGAAUCUAUAUUUACAACAAAAAAAACUUGUCGAAUUCUGUAAAGAGAAUAAUAUACUCGUUAUUGCAUAUUCUCCUUUGGGUUCCCCAGGACUUCGCAAAUUUUAUGAACAGUUCAAAGAGAAAAUUGACCUACCAGAUCUUUUAGGGGAUCGCACUGUCAAAGCGAUUGCUGACAAAUAUUCUAAGAAAACUUCUCAAAUUAUACUACGUUUCUAUAUCCAGAGUGGUAUAGUUCCAAUUCCAAAAAGCAUCAACCCCUCUAGGAUCAGAAUGAACCUGGAUAUUUUUGACUUUCAGCUAGAUGAUCAAGAUAUGGGAGAACUCAAAUCCUUAGAUAAGAACAGAAGAAUACUGCACUUCUCUGAUUUAUUCAAAGGCAUACAAAACCAUCCUGAGUAUCCCUUCAAGGAACAAUGAGUAGAUUGUAUUCGAAGUUGUUCAUUCUGAAUAUAAUAUAAUAGAUACUUUGAA